GAAAGAGAGUUUAACUUUGUGAAGCAAAUCGUACCGCCACGGGACAAUGAAUUCUGUUUGUUAUGUGACUUGAAGCACAAUCAUAGAUCCCAUCCGUUUUUAAAUUGAAACUGACCCUGCCAGAUGCUUCUAAACUGGCAUACAAUAGAUGCUUGCUUUCUAUCAUCGACUUUCCACAUCCGAUCAUCAUUUACGUUCUUCCUGUCAUGCCUUGCCGCCUUCCUCCUAGUGAUUUCUCUCGAAUUCCUCCGCAGAUCGCAGAGAGAUUUCGACCGAUAUCUACGAGCUAGAAACGCAAUUCUCCAGGAUGAGGAAUAUGCCUUGCCGGAAGAGACAGAGGAGAAACUUUUCCCAAAUGGCGAAAGCGGAAGAGAAAAGUUGAUGCGCAAGUUGAAAGGGAGGACUCCGGUGGUGCUAGAACAACUGUUGAGGGGGCUCAUUCAUACGGUGCAAUUCGCUGUCAGUUAUUGUAUCAUGCUUUUGUUCAUGUACAGCAAUGGUAAGUUCUUUUUCCAGCUUGUCUCCCAGUGAAGUCCGUGUCAGAGGGCAACAUAUUAAUACUCACCAGGCUACAUUAUAAUUUCUAUUCUUCUGGGCUCGCUCGUGGGCUUUGCUUUGUUCACGAAGGACACACUCAACUACAGGCAAAAUCAGAUGUAAGCACUUCCUCUCUCCAAAGCU